AAAUUCAUGUGGAAACUGGAACCCAAUUUGAAUAAUAAAUAAAUGCAAGUUAUCUUUCACAAACGGACAUUUUCUUCAUCAACUCCACUCCUUCAGAUUCAGAAUGUAAAAAAUCCAAUCCCCAUUUCACUUCUAUCCAUUAACUAAAGCCGUUUAUGGCGGAAGAACACAAAACGCAUUCCACCGCCCAACAACAAAAAAAUCCCACAUCACAGUUCCAAUUCUUCAAACACCCUUUCGGAUUCGGAUUCACACCUCCAAUUACUAACCAAUUUAAAUAAAUAUAUAUUUAAAAAAAAACAACAUCACCAUGGCCACAGACGCAAAAACACCAACACCAGCAGCGAAAUUUCAGAACGCAGAGUUUCGGGAAUUAACGGCGCCGUUAACCUCCCAAGACGGCCUCCGUUUCUGGCAGCUAAUGAUCUCCGGUUCCGUCGCUGGCUCCGUCGAACACAUGGCCAUGUUCCCCGUCGACACUGUCAAGACCCACAUGCAAGCCCUAGGCACCUGUCCGCUCAAACGAAACGUCACCGUUUCGCAAGCCCUAAGAACCAUCAUCACGUCGAACGGAGGGCCCAUCGCUCUCUACCGCGGAAUCGGCGCAAUGGGCCUGGGCGCAGGCCCGGCCCAUGCGGUCUACUUCUCCUUCUACGAAACCUGCAAGACCUUCUUCUCGCGCGGGAACCCUAACAAUUCAUUGGCGCACGCUGUUUCCGGUGUAUGCGCCACUAUUGUGAGCGAUGCAGUGUUCACGCCGAUGGACAUGGUGAAGCAGAGGCUUCAGCUGAGUGGUGCGAAUGGUUAUCGUGGUGUCUGGGACUGUGUGAAGAGGGUGAUGAGUGAGGAAGGGUUUGGUGCUUUCUAUGCUUCGUAUAGGACCACUGUGUUGAUGAAUGCGCCUUUUACCGCGGUCCAUUUCGUUACUUAUGAGGCUGCCAAACGCGGCCUUAUUGAGGUGGCGACACCGGAGAGCGCCGAUGACGAACGGUUGGUUGUUCAUGCGACUGCUGGUGCCGCUGCCGGUGCUUUGGCCGCAGCGGUUACUACUCCACUUGAUGUUGUUAAAACUCAGUUACAGUGUCAGGGUGUCUGUGGAUGCGAUAGGUUCGAAAAUGGUUCAAUUGCAGAUGUUUUAAAAACAAUAGUGAAAAAGGAGGGAUACAGAGGGCUCAUGCGAGGAUGGAUUCCAAGGAUGCUGUUCCAUGCUCCUGCAGCCGCAAUCUGCUGGUCAACGUACGAGGCAGGGAAGUCCUUUUUCCAAGAAUUAAAUCAGAGUAAAGACAGCAGCACUAUCAUAUGAACAAAUGGGGUUAGAAUACCCCUUGUUCUGUCCUUUAUUUAUUUGUCAACAUCAUUGGUAUAGAGCUUCUUCAAUCAGGGCCUAAACCCUAAACCCUGCCAAUUUUGAUAAAUAAUUCUUAAAAUUGUAUUUUUAUUAUUUUUGUUUAGUUCAUUGUAAUAUUUAUACCUUUUACCACAAGGUAAAUCCUUGAAUACAUCCUCUAUCCCACGCUUAUAGCAAAACCAUAGUUUAAGGAUUUAUGAUAAUGCAUUUGUUUCUUUA